AGAGCGAGCGUGGUGAAGAUGUGAAUCUUGUUGCAGUGACUUAUUUUUGGAGGGAAAGGAAAAGAAAUGGAGUGUCUUAACAGAUUAAUGAUGGACCAUCCAGUGUUUGGUGUUGGUGGUAGUGGUGGCGUUGAUGGAGUUCCAGUGUCUUCAUAUCUGCAGCAGUGCGAAGCCCGGCUUGGCCCAUAUAACCUCCAGGACCCUUUGCGGGUCAAGAUGAGUGCUGCCGUCUCUGGAGGGGUCAACAAGAAACGCAAAAAAGCUGAUACGAAACCUCACGCUCAGGCCCAAAUCAAUAAGUGCCGUAAUGAGAAGCGGCGUCGUGAGCAAGAAAAUAUCUACAUUGAAGAGCUGGCCGAGCUGAUUUCUGCCAGCUUUGCUGACAUGAGCUCUCUCUCAGUCAAGCCGGACAAGUGCGCCAUCCUCAAAGAAACAGUACAUCAGAUUCAGCACAUCAAGCAACAAGAGGGAACAAGCAGUGAUGCUGUUCAACAAGGAGAAGUCUCCUCCUCCAAGCCCACCAUCCUAGCCAACGAGGUGUUUGGACCUUUACUGCUAGAGGCCCUUGAGGGCUUCUUGUUUGUGGUUAACACGGAGGGAAAGGUGGAGUAUGUCACAGAGAAUGUAUGCCAGUUCAUCAAAUAUACCAAGGAAGAUGUCCUUGGCCAAAGUAUUUACAACAUCAUCCACCUUGGAGACCAUGCACGGUUCAGUGCCAGCCUACUGCCCAUGUCAAUAGGCUGGAAUCCAGACCCAUCCCCCAGUAGGAGCCGGAGCUUCAGCUGUCGAUUUCUGAUCAAGCCUCCGGACAGUCAGGACGAGACUAUGGAGGAAAAGCAACAGAGAGUAUCCAAAUACGAAAAUAUGCAGAUCUCAUCCACAUUACUACCAUACCCAAGUGAGAAGGCAGAAGGUGGAGACAUCACUUCAGAAUCUGCAGAAGUGGGUCCAUGCCUCAUGUGUGUUGCACGGCGUAUCCCUCAAAAUGAGAAGACAACUGGGGUACCAUUUGAACAAUUUACCACUAAGCUGGAUACCACUGGAAAGAUUAUUGGUGUAGAUACCAGUGGUGUCUCAUCUACAUAUUCACAGUACCUCAAUAAGGAUCUUAUGGGCUGCAUCAUACAAGAGCUAUGUCAUCAGCAUGAUCUACAGAAGUUAGCAAACCAUCUGAAAGAGGCUGUGAAUGCGGGACAUAGCACCAGUGCACCAUAUAGGCUGCGGGUCACUGCCCCUGACAAAUACAUUCAUGUGCAGACCAAGUCGAAGCUGUUUAAAUCGAAUGGCACUCUUACUCAGGAACCUGACUUCAUUAUGGCCACUCACUCCAUCAUUGGCGAUAAUGAGAUUGCUCCUGUCGAGUGUGGCCAUCUAUCCAACUCCCAGACCAACUCUCCACGAGGAGGCUCCAUGUUGUCCAUGGGGCAGAGCUCUGCCGGCUCAGUGGGAUCUGGGCCUUCGAGUAAUGGCAAUAGCAAUUCUUUGGGUGGCCCACUCAUGGGCGGACCUGUGAAUGGUCAGACCAGCAGUGGCACCAACUCCAGUACUGGUAAUCGUGUGAGUUCAAGUGGGUUUGGGCACUUGGGCAGCAAUUCGAGCAGUGACACGAAUAACUCGAUAACCCUCAACACCAGCUCAUCCUACACGGCCUAUACACUAAACAGUGAUCUUACUCUCAAUGAUUUUGACUUCUUCCCGUCCUCAACUUGGGACUUGGGGACCAGUGAAAAUAGCUUAGACCGUACAGGAGCUCCCCAAACCCCUUCCGGAUGGGGUGAGCGACCGGACUCCCGCCAGAGCGUCACACCUGUGCCCACACCACGACCCCCAAGUGUGCCAAGCUAUAGUCCUGUAGGUGCCAUGUGCUCCAGUCCCCUCAAUCCCUACUCGGCUGCCACACAGCCAAGCCCUGCCGGAACUAACCGGGCCACUACACCAGCUAAUCCAUUUGGUAACUCAUUUCCAUUUAGUCCCCUGCAGGAGCAGGGCCCUAGUUCAGGCUUCAACCUAGAUGAGAGCAAGGACUCCAAGGAUGGGAUUGUGGAUGUGGGGAAUGGUGCAAAUGUUGGGGAGGGUUCGUCUAACACACGUCUGCGUAAUCUCCUGACAAACAAACGUCCCAGCAUUGGUGGAGAAGAAGGCAGUGAGCCCAUGGACCAUACAGGACUGGGUGAUGGGUCAGAUCCUCAGAAUGAAAAUCGUAUCCUGAAGGGGCUUUUGAACCAAGAUGACAAGGAUGAGGCACGGGGAGAUGAUUCAACAGCCAUGAGGUCUAGUCCAAGCUCUAGACAUGUGGGAGCACGCAGCACUUCUUCCUCAGACACUCCCAAAGUCACUAGCAACAGCAACAACAUGCUGCUCAAGCUGCUGAAUGAGAAGAGCGAUGAUGAUGACCUGGAGCAUCAGAAGCAGAAUGAAUUGUUACAGCAGCUGCUGAAGAAACAAGACGAGGAGAGGAAACCCCUUCCAAUGUCAAUGGACACAGGUCAGCAGCAGCAGACUGAAGAUCCUCUUUUCAAGUCACUUGGUUUCCCUAACCCCACGCCUUCACCUCCGUCCAACACAGACCCCAUGACUGCACUGAAUGUCUCAUCUCUUAUUGGUACACGUAAGCGUCCUAGUGAUGAGGGUGAUGAUAGUGGUGGGGGGUCUUCCACCAAGAGAACGUUGGACGGACUUCUUCUCACGGGCCCACAAGUGAACUCCCCUGGCCCCAGCACCACCAGCAGUGGAGGCAAGAGCAAAUUGUGGGAGAAGAACCAGAUGCUGGCCUCCCUCUUAGCCAAACAGCCUUCAAAAACAACAACAAUUCCUCCCAUACCAGCCUCCGUUAUCUCUGCUGUGCCCCAGGAGAAGCUGCCACGGGUUGUGGAUCCUGCAAAAAUAAGACCUGGAGGGUGGUCAGGAGGAGGGCUACAACCUCCGUCCACAACACAAAGUAACACAAGGCCAAGUGUUCAGCAGCAAGUGGCUGGUCGGCGGCAGCCUGCACCCAGCUUCUUGAAUCACCAAGAGCAACAGCAGCAGCAACAACAGCAGCAACAACAACAACAGCAACAGCAACAACAGCUGCAGCAGCAGGUAUUGCUCCAACAGAAACAACAGCAGCAACUGCAGCAACAACAACAGCAGCAGCAGCAACAGCAACAACAGCAGCAACAGCAGCGUGGACAUACACAUCAGCAGGAGGCAUUGUUUGUAACUCCUGGCACGUCCUGUACUCCUGGUGAUUUCAGGAUUGCAGGCCCACUGGGUGCAGCUGACAGCCCUGGCAUUUGGGAGAACCAAUCAUCUGACCCUGUGUUGUCUGAACUUUUAGACCAAGUCAUUGACAUUGUGCCUGAAUCCAUCAUUGCAGACAAUGCAACAAUUCUGAACAUAUUAGAUGUUAUCGAGUCCUCGUCUAAUAAUACCAAUAGUUUCCAACAUGACAUAAAUGAGAGAAUGGCCAUCAGUGCAAUUCAGAAGUCUCUGAUGCAGUGUGAAACAGUAGUGAAGAGCCCCUCAUCCCCAACAAUUUCCCUGUCGGGAACACCUCCAGCUUAUACACCAACAUCCAUGUCACAACCAGGGGGUUUCCCCCCACCUCCGAUGUAUCCGCAGCGGCCUCGGCUAAAUAUACAGCAAGCUGCAGGACAACUGGGGGUUAGGCCAGCAGGCACCAUGCCAUACAGCAAUUCUCAGAUCAAUAACCAGAUAUCGUCAGCCGACAUGCAGCAAUAUAAGCAGCGCUAUAUGCUGCAGCAACAACAGAAACGCCUGCUGCAAGCACAACAACAACAGCAAUUGGUCAUUCCUUCCAGUGCAACAACUGUGGUUGAACAACUGACCCCUGGCCUUCAAAAUAUAGACAGCCUCCUUAAUAAUACCGUGGCACCGAAUGUCUCCUUACAGCGUUCAUCCAGUGUUCCUGACUCACAGUUGUCACCCAACUAUGGGGGUCAAAUGCUUAACAGUGGGGGUGCACAGAUCUCACCAGGCCAGCGCCAGCCCUACUCACCCCACUCUCAGCUUCCAUCUCCCCUCAGUCAGCCACAGCCCCAAACACAACAGCAAGUGGCACAGCAACAACAGCAGGGAUUCCCACCUGUUGGAUCGGGCCUCAACAACUUCACAAAUAACCAGCAGGGUGCUCAGUCCCGACUUUCACCUCAUCCUCCUGGAGGACUUCCUCCUUUCCAACAAUCUCAGCUCUCUCCUCGCAUCUCACAGGGUCAGCAGGGAUAUCCUGCCUUGUCAAACAGCCUGACACAGUCUUCUCAGGCAGCGAGUAGUUGGUCCCAGGCAAGGCUUAGCCUACAGCAGCAGCAGAACCCAAUGCUGAGUGCUCAGCUCACGGGCAGCUAUGGUGGAGCUGGCGGACGGCAAUUUACAACACAGCGUGGACAGCAGGCUCCACCACAGCAGCAAUUGCCGUCCGUACGAUCGCUGCCCAGUCCAGGAACUCCUGGAGGGCCCCGUCAGUCCUAUCCUCCAGAGUCAUUUCCCCCACCUGCCUCACCCACAGCGGGUAACUACCAGGCUGCAGGCCAGUUCCCUCAACAACUCCGCCUUCAGCGAACCAUUAGUGCACCCACUGCCACCACACAGUUGCCAGGUGGAGUAAACUCCCCGCGGCCUUAUGGACUGAAACAGGACCCCCAACACCUCCUCUCCCCUGGUCACCCCAUGUCACCACACCCCUUCCACCCUCCAGAACCACAUCCCCUCCAACCCCACCACCAUAGUCAGCACCAUCCUAUAAUGUACCAUGCACCCCCUCCUGAAUCCCAGUUUUGUUUCAAUCAGGCCGAUAUACAUAUAUACGGGGCGAACGACCGUGGCCGUCCCCAAGCCCACACACCAACCAAUCACCAGCCAGGUGGUGGUAACAAUACGAUAUCGUCGGAGUAUGUGCGGCAGGAGUUACGUGCUGUUGUUGGAGCCCGGANUCUGUUCAUGAUGCCAGCUUCUGAAGGGUGGCUUUGGGGACGGUUCGACGUGGAAUGUGCCAGAUUAACGCUCAAGGUGUCUUGUGACAGUGCAGCAGCUGAACAGUUUCCUGAAACUCUGCAUGAAGUGAUUGAAGAUGUUGAGUACACUGAUGAUCAGUUGUACAGCUGUGUGCUAGAAUGGCAUGCAGUGGUUUUGUCUCCUGGUUUGAAGUUGAUCUUUACCAUUAGUAAGAUUCCAUUUGCAUUCCAGAAGCUGGAAGGAAAGGCAUUGUUACUAUUGAAUCAUAGUCCAGAACAUACUCUUGCUGAUGUUCUGAAAUUGAAAUAUGGAAAUAUGAGAGCUAAGUUUCUGCCAAAGAAUACCGCUGCACACAUCAUUCGAGCAAUCAGAGGUUACUGUCAUGGUGAGCUGCUUAGUAGAGGUACUGCUGGAAAAGAUGACAAGUCUGCAUGUGAUGCACCCAGUAAUAAUUUAGAAACAGAUGACCCAGCAGCUUUGACUGAACUAGAUGUGGAAACUCUGGUCAUGCAGCAUGUUUAUUGA